UCAGUGUCGCAUCAGAGUGCAGCUCGAGGGGAAUAUAGAAUUACUCACACUCACGUAUAUGAAUAUCAGCAGACUCGACUCAUAUUUACACAGACGGCAUUUAAAAGACGUUAUUAAAGAGAAGACGUAAAUUCGAUCGAGAUGUUUAAAGGUUUUAUUCUGCGCUGCUGGUUGAUUUCCCGGAAGUGACGCAUGCGCUGAUUUGUGUUUGUUUUUCUGACGGUCUCGGCCGCGUUGAUCCUCAAACUGAUACAAAUCCACCACAAAUGCAGAACUGAAUGGGUGUUUGUCAAAACUAGUGAGCUGCCUACCUACACAGCAUUAGUGAGCUGCCUACCUAGACAACAUUAGUGAGCUGCCUACCUACACAGCAUUAGUGAGAUGCCUACCGAGACAACAUUAGACAGCUGCCUACCUACACAGCAUUAGUGAGCUGCCUACUACCUACACAACAUUAGUGAGCUGCCUACCUAGACAACAUUAGUGAGCUGCCUACCUACACAGCAUUAGUGAGCUGCCUACCUACACAGCAUUAGUGAGCUGCCUACCUACACAGCAUUAGUGAGCUGCCUACCUACACAGCAUUAGUGAGCUGCCUACCUAGACAGCAUUAGUGAGCUGCCUACCUACACAGCAUUAGUGAGCUGCCUACCAACACAACAUUAGUGAGCUGCCUACUACCUACACAACAUUAGUGAGCUGCCUACCUAGACAACAUUAGUGAGCUGCCUACCUAGACAACAUUAGUGAGCUGCCUACCUAGACAACAUUAAUGGAGCAGACGGGGAAGUCGUACAUGUUUGCCAGUCUGACGCGUCCUCACUCCGAGCAGCUCCUGCAGGGUCUGCAACUCCUGCAACAGGACCGUGAACUCUGCGACAUCGUACUGCGGGUGGGAGACGCCAAGAUCCACGCUCACAAAGUGGUGCUGGCCAGUAUCAGCCCGUAUUUUAAAGCCAUGUUCACAGGGAACCUGUCCGAGAAAGAGACGUCUGAGGUGGAGUUCCAGUGUAUCGAUAAAGCUGCGCUCAAGGCGAUUGUGGAGUACGCCUACACAGGAACAGUGUUCAUCUCACAGGAAACGGUGGAGUCCCUCCUUCCUGCUGCCAAUCUCCUGCAGGUCAAACUGGUUCUGAAGGAGUGCUGCAGCUUCCUGGAGAGUCAACUGGACGCGGGGAACUGCAUCGGAAUCUCACGCUUCGCCGAGACAUACGGCUGUCACGAUCUGUGUCUCGCGGCCACCAAAUUCAUCUGCCAGAACUUUGAGGAGGUGUGUCAGACGGAGGAGUUCUUUGAGCUGACGCGAUCGGAGCUGGACGAGAUCGUCUCUAAUGACUGUCUGAACGUCCUGACGGAAGAGACAGUGUUUUACGCGCUGGAGUCGUGGAUUAAAUACGACCCGACGGAGCGGCAGCAGUACCUCGCGCAGCUCCUGCACUGCGUCCGUCUGCCACUGUUGAGCGUUAAGUUCCUCACGCGACUCUACGAGGCCAAUCACCUGAUCCGUGACGAUCAUGCCUGUAAACAUCUGCUCAACGAGGCGCUGAAAUAUCACUUCAUGCCUGAACACCGGCUCUCGUACCAGACUGUUCUGUCAACACGGCCGCGCUGUGCUCCGAAAGUACUGCUGGCGAUCGGAGGUAAAGCCGGACUCUUUGCGACACUGGAAAGUAUGGAGAUGUAUUUCCCUCAGACGGACUCUUGGAUCGGUCUCGCUCCACUCACGGUUCCACGCUAUGAGUUCGGCGUGGCGGUUGUGGAGCAGAAGGUGUAUGUUGUGGGUGGAAUCGCGACACACAUGCGUCAGGGCAUCAGUUACCGGCGUCACGAGAGCAGCGUUGAGCGAUGGGACCCCGACAGCAACACAUGGUCAUCGGUGGAGCGUAUGGCUGAAUGUAGGAGUACUCUGGGUGUGGUGGUGCUGGCGGGCGAGCUGUAUGCUCUCGGCGGGUACGAUGGCCAGUAUUACCUGCAGUCUGUGGAGAAAUAUGUGCCCAAAGUGAGAGAGUGGCAGCCGGUGGCACCCAUGACCAAAUCACGCAGCUGUUUCGCCACUGCCGUGCUGGACGGCAUGAUUUACGCCAUUGGAGGAUACGGCCCUGCACACAUGAACAGCGUGGAGCGGUACGAUCCGAGCAAAGACUCGUGGGAGAUGGUGGCGGCCAUGGCUGAUAAACGGAUCAACUUUGGCGUUGGUGUGAUGCUCGGCUUUAUAUUUGUUGUGGGGGGGCACAAUGGUGUUUCUCAUUUAUCCAGCAUUGAGCGAUACGACCCCCAUCAAAACCAGUGGACAGCCUGUCGACCAAUGAAUGAACCCCGCACAGGUGUGGGCUCUGCUGUGGUGGAUAAUUACCUGUAUGUGGUCGGCGGUCACUCAGGCUCGUCGUAUUUGAACACAGUUCAGCGUUACGAGCCGAUCACAGACAGUUGGCACGACUCCAGCGGGAUGAUGUACUGUCGCUGUAACUUCGGCCUGACUGCCCUUUGACCCCGGCCGUACAGGUGACUCUCUUAUCAUAGAGCAGGAAGAGAGAGACUACACUCAUCCGCUGACGUUUGCUCCACAGCGCCACACACUGACGCUCACUUGGAGGAUUGAUGACACGCGUGAAGAUGAUCGGCGCCACACGAGCACACGUGAUCAUGUGACCAGUGCAAGCGCCGAGAGACUUCCACAAACACCCAGAGGAUGCAGAGUGGCGGGAAACUGUUGUGCGCGCGUGUGAGGCAGAUUUUAACGCCUCUGAGCACUUUCUCCCCUUUACAUUUCAAGGCUUCUAUUGAGGGAUGCAGGUGUGUGUGUUCAAAACAGUGCUUUACAAAGAGAGGGAAGAAGUGAAUCUCAUGAAGAAACAUGUCUGGCUCAUAUUUUACACGCAAAUCAAGAAAAAGGCUUAUUUUUAUCACCUUUUUUUCUUUUAAGAUUUUUGGCAUUGUGACAUUAUUUUCAUUGAAAUUAAACACACUCCUCAAGAUUUUCAUUACAAUAUAACAAAACAUAAGGAAUGUUAAAAUAAUAAUAAAAGCUAAAAAAUAAAAGAAAUCAUAUGAAAAUUGUAAAGUAUUUAUACAUCAUGGUAGUAUUUAUGCUGAUAUUAAUAAAUAUUUAAAAAAAAAAUUUGCUACAGUGAAAAAUGCUGUUUAUUUAUUUUUUAUUUUUUUGCAUUUUAGUAUUUUGGAGGAAAUGUGUUUAAUUGUCAUGAAAAUGUCAUGAUGCAUAUUAAGUUAAUGGUUCUAAAAUAGGCUUUACUUUGCUUAAAGGAAUAUUCUGUGUUCAAUACAAGUUAAUCUCAAUCGACAGCAUUUGUAUCAUAAUGU